AUGAAGAUGUGGUCCAUGAAGGUCAUCAUCCUCCUUCUGUUCUGCUAUGCUUGUCUGGCAACAGGAAAUGAGAGGGCGCAUUUUGAGUCCAGGAACUUUUUCAACAUCCUCCACUGGGACCCUGUGGAGCCUUCCUUCCCGGGGGAGAAGGUCCUCUACAGAGUCCAGUACUGGAGUGAUUUAAAGGAGGAGGAUGGGUUCCGGAUCAAAGAGGAGUGCCAGAACAUUACGUCUCUGUCCUGUAACCUGACGUUAGACACCCCGUCGGUGUUUGAUGUUCGCUACCGGGCUCAGGUGUGCUACAAUGUCAGCACAUGCUUCCGCACCACCACCUUCAAACCAAUAGCACGUACUACUCUGGGGCCACCAAUCUUAUCGACAUACACAACAGCGUCAUCCCUGCAUGUUGAUGUCACCCUACCUCUGGGGCCAUACGGAGAGUCUUUAGCCGACAUCAUCACCAGGAGCAAAAAGGGACCUUACAAAUCUGUACCGGUUUAUACGUUACACAUCACCCACCCAAAGUGGGCUGAACAGGUUAAUAUGACAGAGAGCAGCCAGUUUGUCAUCAACUUGAAGAACAACGGCACUGAGUACUGUGGAUAUGUGGUCUACAAGCCGUUUGCUGAAUGGGGUCGCAAGGAGAGUGAGAAGGCCACUUUCUGUGUCACGCUGCCAGAUGAUUCCCUGAUGCCUUGGCUUCUCGGGACUGCUGCUCUUCUGACGGCCAUUAUCAUAAUGUCAGUCGUGUGCAUGUGGAAGUAUGUGAAGGUUGGAAAGGAAAAGAGCAUGCCAGAGCUGUUGGUGAAGUUCCCCAGCAGCCAGACUGGAGUACUCAAGUCUCCCGAUAGGAAUCUCAUCAUUUCCAAACCGGAAUUCUGCGUUCAAAAUGAAAAAACAAUUUACGCAACAAUUCAAGUGAAGCCGUUUAAGCCCCCGGUCGGUCCUGGAGGUUAUUCCCCUCAGGACAUCGCCUGCUCAGACUGGGAGGACAGCACCGGCUCCUCUGUGGCCACAGGUCCUCACAGCGCCACCUCGAAUCCUCAGGACACGAGCAACCAGUCGUCAGAGAUCUACAGCUUAGUGACCGUGCACGUCCCCGCUGAACACAAUGAAGUCCUCCAGCAGGCUCCGAGUGGCCGCAGAGAAACCAGCAAUCCACCUUUGUGUUCCAGCGGAGAAAGCUGGGAUAAAGGCGGAUCAGGUCCAAAGCUGACCUCACAUGGAGUAAAACCGUUACCUGAUCCGGAGCCUUGUGAGAGCGACCCAGCCGGGCCGCUGCUGCUGCGCACAGAGCGCGACACAAACGGACAACUCGUGUUGCCCUCGUUCACUUUUCAGCUGCAGAGCGGCACGGACGACACAAUAUCACCUCUCAACUCUGAGAGAAAACCUCUUCUAUCUGACCUCAUAGACUCCAAGAAGGAGGGGCCGUUGUUGGCUUCCCUGCAAAGCUUCGACGGCUCAGAGUGGUCCGACUCGGGGCUAGAUGACAGCUCUGUGCACACGCCAACACAGCCCUACUGCAACUCCAACUUCUCCCCAUCUCAACCAGUUACUCCCUACUUUCAGCAGAGCCCACCUCCUAGUGAUGCCAUGUUUGAAUCAGGUUACAAGGACAACUGGAUACCUGCAACCAUCCUUGGAAAUCCAUCCAAAGACAGCUGUGAAUACAAUAGGACAAACUAUCCGUGGACGUGGACGUGCCCCAGAAAGGAGGAGGAGGAAGGUGAGGCAAAUGAAGGCGAGGAGAGAUCGAGGUCGUAUAUUCUAGGAGGUUGGGGGCUGCAGAUUCAAGAUAAUUAGCGCUUUUUCCUCAUUUGCCUCCUCAAAUAACAUUAAAGACGUUUCAUCGCAGUAGGAAAUUGACGGGAGCACCGACGCUGAUGCUUCAGAGACAAUACAGAAGUUGAUGACUUUGCUAUGGAUGCUGAAAUAUGUGACACCAGAAACUGAAUUUUAAUUAUAA